AUGGCUGGUUCCGGCUCCCCUGCAGACUUGCAAGCUCUGCUCGCGAGAAUAAAACCUCGCCCGUCUCCUAGCGGACCCUCUUAUGAGAGUCAGUCGCCCUUUUAUACUGGGCAGUUUGCUCAACACCAGCACCAGCAACGGAGCGGGGGAUCGCCUGGCAUCAUGUCGCCUACGCAGUUCAGCUAUGCCGCGCCAUACGCUUCCUCGCCUAUCCUUAGCCCUCCACCCCCUUCCAACCCUCCUCAUCAUGGAUCGGACGUGAUAAGCCCCAACAAUUCCACCCCACAGAACGAGGUUAAUCAGCGAUCCAUGAGCACCGAUCGCGCCAACUUGCUCAAAUUGCUGAAAUUUAGCCAGCCUCCAGGCGGACAGAGCUCCAACCCGCCAGCCGAGACGGGACUCCCAUCCGGCACCCCAGCGCGUGUUGAACCAAUUGGGCAUGAUGGUGCUAACGGCAAUGGUUUCCGUAUGCCUGGUCAGCGCAACAUUUCAGCUUCUGAUAUACUCGCCUCCCUCCGUGGUCCACCGACUUGUGCUGCUUCUCCUCCUCCAGGCCCGUCAUCUGCCGUGCCAGGGAGACACAGCCCAGCUGAAAAGCCGGGUGUGGCUCCUACGCCUUCUGGGGACGCAACUCAGGAGAUGCUGCUGAGAUUGUUGAACCAGCCACCCGCUCAAAAUCCAAAGGGGGGCGAUCUAACAUCUGCUCCUCAAACCUCGGGUCAAGCUAUGAAUAAUACCAAUAUCAGUGAGGUUCCAGCGGAUCUCUCCGGCUCUUCGACUGAGGAACGUAAAGACCCUUCGGUCCGGAAUUUCGGCUCGGCUGAUGCUAUCGAGGUUACUCAAUUUGAUCCGUUGCAAACCAAAGCAGCAAACAAAGGAACCAUCUUCAGCCAUGUCAAUCCCUUCGAGCACCUUGCUGCGGCAUCUUCGAGGAAUCGGCCCCCGAACAGCCAGCCGCAGUCCGGCCGUGCCAGCCCCUCGGUUGGAACUGGCACAGCAGGAAAGGAGAUUCCAAAAGCCAAGCGCAAUUCACCCGAGGCUUCGAAGCCUUCUGUUGCUCAGCCUACACCAAAGAGCGUCCAAGGGCAGCAAACUGCGACUCCUGGGCCCAAUGAAUCUACCGAUCGGGACAAAGGAGGGGUUUCUACUCCUGAAGUUGCCGAAGGGGUUGAAUGCACUUCAGUUGCUGUCUCAGAUACUAAAGUGGAGAAAUCUGCACCGGUACCUGAGAAGCUCACCGUUGAGCCUUCUGCUCCUGGAAGUGAUAUCCCGGGAACUGCUACGGUCAACUCGCCCAAACUUAUGCACGGUGCCUUAGAGCCUCCAGAGGAGGAAGAUGCUAAGAAACCUGCCAAAGUUGUAACUAUUUCCGGUGACGACGAGACUGCUAAAAUUACCAAAUUGGAGACUAAAAACGAAAAUGUGGCGGAUAACUGGGAAACGGAGGCGGAGGUUGAUCGCAUUGUCCCCGUCUAUAACUUCCCGUUGAAGCCAUUUGUAUCCAUUACGUGGAAGACAAAUUUGAAACCCGUUGGCGUUCGUGACGAUGGAGUGAUGGAUAUUGCCCGCCUGAAGAAAGGCUUUGACCAGCUUGAUCGUUCACUCACCUCAGCGACCUCUGAGUAUAUCGUUUAUGCUCUUGCGAAAAACGGCGGAGCCCGUAUCAUUCGCCAGGAUGAUGGCCAUGACCGACAGAUCUUCCGCUCAACCAAUGACAGAAUGUUUAACGUCUCCGUAGCCCAGGCACCGCCCGGUUCUGCUAUCAAAGAGCAGGCUUUCCUCGGUAUUGGCGUUAGCGGCUCCGUUUACUGGACUACUAUUUCCCGUGCGGAUGAUGAUUAUUUCGAGUCAGACACUCUUGAAUCUCAGAGCUUGAUCUUCCCACCCUUCCCAACAUCUGACGAGAAUACCUCUGGCGGACAAUUGAAGACCCGCGCGAAGCAAAGCUCUCGCCAUCCUGAAUUUUUCGCUAUAGGCCGUGGGAAGUCUAUUCACAUCGUUAGACCUCGUGUCGCUUUGGCCGAGUAUGGUUUCACCUCCCCAGGUAAAGUUGACACCGAAAAGUACUUCAAGGAGAAGUCUAUCAAGAUUGCUACCGGGAAGGCCGGUAAGGACUUCGUUUUCAGUGGUGAUGAUACCGUCAUUGCGUCGCUCGACAAGACUGGCAGGUUGAGAUUAUGGGAUCUCCGUGACAUUGAUGAAAUGCUAAUGGCCAACAAAUGCGAUAUUCGCAUCCCUCUCCUGACUCUUGUUACUGGUUCCUCCAAUGAAAAGUGCUGGCCAACCUCUGUUGUUUUCAUUGACAAACAGAGGCCUUAUCUAAAGGCCCAUGCCCUGAGAUACAUCCUUGUGGGUUUGAAACAAAACCAUACUCUGCAGCUUUGGGACCUAGGCCUAGGAAAGGCCGUGCAGGAGUUGAACUUCCCUCACGGUAAUGAAUCGGACGCAAUUUGCAGCAUCGCGUACCACCCAGGUUCUGGCAUCAUCGUCGUUGGCCACCCCACUAGAAACUCAAUCUACUUUAUUCAUUUGUCUGCACCCAGAUAUGCACUUCCCCCAAUGUCCCAGGCUGCUUUCAUUCAGGCUGUGACGAACAAAGAUCCUGACCUUCCCAAACCCGACUCAACUGCUUGCAUGAGCGGAAUCCGAGAAAUCUCUUUUGGCUCACGCGGUCAAUUACGAAGUCUUGAACUUCUCCCAUUGACCAAGUUGCCGGGCCAGGAGGAUAAUGGUUUAUUUGAGCUGUAUGUUAUGCAUUCGCGAGGAGUAACCUGCCUCAGCAUCAAGAAGCUUGACCUGGGCUGGGACAUCGACAACAAAAUUGUUGAAUCGGUAGAUGCAUUGGAGAAGGGGUAUGUUGAGAUCAGAGAUAUCCAACCUGUCCAGCCAGCGGAUGAUAGCAGCCGAGGUGAAGAAGGCAGUACACUUUCCAAGAGCCCGCACCACGACAAUAAAGAAACGAAGAAGGAAGCUGCAUCUGUUACCAACUUGUCUGUUCCUGAGUCUCCAAAGAAGAGAUCGGUAGUGGAAUCCGCGUCUACUACUACCCAGCCUCAGCAGGAACAGGCCGCAGGCGAAAAGCCAGACAAAAAGAAAAAGAAGAAAGAAGUUGCAGCGAAACUGAAGGAAACCACGAAGGCAACAGAAGACUCUUCUGAUGCCCCAAUUCUGUCGCCUGUUAAGCAGGUCAUUGGUCGAAAACAUGCCCCAGUAGAGCAACCUCGGUCUCGCCAGGUCGAGGCCGAAAUACCAGGCGAAUCGAUUAUGUCUAUGCAAACUUUGUCUAAGGAGGUGCAGAAGAUCGAACAGAAUUUGACAUCGAUGUUUACUGCGUCUCUUAAUGGUGGACUUGAUACCGUAUAUCGCCGUUUCGAAGACGAUCGUCGCGCUCAAGACAAGCUUGCGACUAUUCGACAGGAUGAGGUCUUACGCCUAGUUUCUAAGACGUUGUCUGAAAAUGUUGAGAAAACACUUGCCCACAUUGUCUCCGAAAGCAUUAAGCAGUCUGUGCUUCCAGCUUUGAAGGAUAAUACCGCUUCUGCGCUUGAUAGACAAAUCAAUGGUGCAGUCAAGGCUGCCUUGCCAGACGCAAUUGCUAAAGCUAUGCAAACUCCUGCUACUGUCCGCGCCAUGACUGACGUUAUGCUGCCCUUCAUCACUAGUCACCUUGACAGGGGGCUUUCAAACACCGUUAAGAAUAUUAUCUCGGUAUUCAAGGAGGAGCAAGCUCAUACUGCGGAGAAGGUCGCCAGAGAUGUCGAACGGAAAUUCGCUACCAAAAUGAAGCAUCUUGAAAACCAACAAAUCAAGGACAGCGUCAAAAUUGACCAGCUUGUGUCAUUGGUCAGCAACAUGAAUGACUCAAUGUCCACAAUUGCCCAGGCUCAGAACAGUUUCGGCGCUGAGAUACUCAAGCUCCACAAGCAGAUGCCUGUGAAGGAGCCAGAGCCCCCGCAGAAGCAAGCCGUCGCCGAACAAAGCGACGUUCAUAACGUCCAACCUUCUGAGGAACCCAGCGAACUUACUCAGAUCGGCCAGCUUAUGGAGGAGAGAAGAUACGAGGAGGCGUCUAUUAAGGUAUAUCCACACGUGCCAUGAAAUAACUCCAGUUUGAAGCUUGUUUAAUACUAAUGACAUAUUUCGCAUAGUGGCUUCAAUCUUCCCAGCAGUCUGAACUCUUCAGUAACCUAUUUGUGAAUUACAAUCCAUCGUACCUCGGAAGCUUGUCACCUGUAGUUGCUCUUUCUGUCAGUGCAGCAGUGACCGCUUCUAUGGACACCCACGUUAUGGAGCGCUUGAAUUGGUUGCAGCACGUUCUUCGCACUGUCAAUAUUUCGGACCCUUCCAUUAGCGAAAUUGGACCUCGCAUCAUGGAUAUUCUGAUCCAGCGCCUCGAAGCAUUGUUCAUCUCCAUUGCUCAAAAAACACCUAAUGACCCCAUUCUCCACCGAAUCCCACCAAUUACUCAGUGGGCAGCCGUUCUCCGAGACGCAAAGUAAAAGACCAAGAGGCUUAACCCUCUCAUCCACCCUCUCCAUCUCACUUUCGAUUUAUGUUCCCAUUCCUUAAUGUGGCUAUGAUGAUGACCAACGUUCUGUUGUGACACAUCUACGGCCUGGUUCACGGCGGCAGAAUGGUAUUACUCUACAAAAUCAGCUAUUGGGAUUAUGAUGCAUGCUGGUGAUUAUGAUUCAUCUCAUUCUCAUUUAAUGGAGGCGGGCUUGUUUUUCCUUUUUUUUUGUCUUGUCAUUUUUUUCCGGUUAUUUCUGGGGGUUGGGGAUAAAAUAAAUCGGUCUAAUUGGCAUUUCGGUUCUAUUCUAUCCUACCUAUGUACUAACUAAUUACCAACCA